CGCAAAGGUUCAUCGAUCAGUUCGCGACGGACUGCGCGCGCGUGCAGUUCUGUGACGCGCGGUUUGUUAUUACGAAAUAAAUUGACAUAUAGAAAUCGUGAUUUUCGAUUUGAAUAAAUCUCCGACAUCGUUAUGAAAAGUUUGAGGUUGUGGUGGUGCGUGGCAGCCAUAUUGCUGGUUUGCAGUCCACCGGCGCGAUGUCGGAAUGUAACCACGGAAGAUAUACGCGACGCGAUGCUAUCCCUAAUCCACAUGUUCCGGGUCUCUGAGGACAAGCUUGAGAGACACGAGUUCAGGGAGCGGACGUUUGGAGAACAACUGAAGAAGAUGGUGGCAGGUCUGGAGAAGCGGCAUAGAGCCCUCGAGCCCAUGAAAGGAAUCGUCUCCAGAUUAGACGAGAGAUUGUCCAAUGUUGAGACUAUAUUAUUCCAGAAAGAAGAGAGAGAAAAAGAACAGCGUAAGAAGACGGAAGAUACUCUAGAAGAAAUAAAAAAGUCGAUCCAAGCAUUAACGGAAACGGUGAAGAACGUAAAGCCGCAGCCAGAGACACCGGCAGCUGAAAUGGAGAGCAACUUGACUAUCAAAGAGGACCCAGUGACUACGAGACUAGACGGAACUGACCAGAAGUUAGACGCCAUACAGAAAGAAGUGGAAGAACUUAAGAAGAGUUUGACCAAGGAUUCAUUACAACUGAUGUGUUCAAGCAUUGCGUCCGCAUCAAAUCCUUUCGAGAGACAUAUCUCUGAGGCGGAGAAAUUGCUGAACAAAUACGAGUUGAAACUGAACGAAUACAACGGCACCGCCAGCAAAGUGAUGACGGACUUCGUGCCCCUCAGCGAGGUCGCACUCGCAGACGACGCCUGGCACAAUAAGAUGACCAAUGUAAUGGAGCGUCAAGAGGCAGAUAUAAAGAAGAUCCAGCAGCUGCUGUCGGAUGCGGAGAGCACGUGGAAGGAGCUGCCGCGGCGCGCGGACACGCAGCUCGCCCUCAACAUCACUCUAGAGAGUAUCGAGACUAUUCGACAUGACGUCACUGAUGACCGUAAUAAUACUGUUGAGAAGAUAUCAGCUAAGCUGCGAGAGAUGAGCGACCGCCUGGCGACGACGAACGGCGACAUACAGAACAGCCUCACGCAGAGCAACACGAUGAGCGAGCGCGCAUACAACGACAUCUCGCGGAGCUACGCCGCCCUGCUCAAGGAGGUGCAAGCUCUAUCAAAGAACGAGCACGUAUUACUGCAGACUGCUGACAACGUGAUCGCCAACAAGAAACGUAUCGACCACGGCAUGCACCAGAUACUGCUGGAGAUGCGGGAGCUGGUUAAAGCGCAGACAAUGCACCUCAACAACACGCUCGUCACUAGCAUCAACGCGACGGAAUCAUCAAUAGUGAACAGUCAAAUGAACGCGAUGAUGUCUCUAACGGCGAAGAUCGAGUCGGAAAUGACGCAGGUGUGGCGGCAGAUCGGCAGCAUGUACCAGCAGCUCUCCGCCAGCAAAGCCUCGCUAGACAAACUCACGGGACAAACAGAACAAUACGUAAACGGCAGCGCGGCGACUAUGCAGAGCAUGAAGGAAAAAGUGACUCUGAUCACGACACGCAUGGCGGAAGUGGACGAUAAUUUGAAUUAUUUACUUGGAAGACUGUCCCUCGUGACACAAGAGUUUAGUCAGAUCAAGACCGGCCUGGGGGAGGCGCUCGACAAAGCAAAGUCCAAUUUGCUAACUGUACAAUCUAAACUGAACACCAAAGGCGCGGGCCCUCACGAGAUCGACAGCGAGGAGAAGGCGACCAACUGAUGCAACAAAUCGUACCAAAUAACGUAGAUCUAUUUAUCAGUAUAAGUUUAUAUGCAAAGUUCCACUUUGUAUUGACUGAUUUAGGAAGAGGCGAACAGUGAAAUAAAACUUUAGAACAACUUUUGCAAAUAUUUAAUUCUCUUUUAUAAUCGUGGGAUCUAUAAUAUUUUAUAUUGUACAAGUUAUAUGAUACAUUUGACAUCCAGCUGUCACUUUUAGCGGACUGUCAAACUGACAAGUUGACAACUGAUAAAGAACAUGACAUGUUUUGAAUUUUAUAUUCUGUACAUACAAUCAUACAAUACCAUAUUUUUUAUUGUUCUUAAACAAUAUUACACACAAAUUAUUUGUCUCACA